AGUGUUCGCGCAUCCUGGCAGCACUUUAGUUAUUGAAAAACGAUCGUAGCCCGAGUUGUGUUCAAAAUUCAAAAGCCAAGAUAAUUCCAAUUAUCAGGAAAAGUUUUUUCUUCUGUCUCUGGAAUCUGUGUUCAAAUUUUUGAGGAGAGAUAUCAGGGGAGAAAAUAAAUAUUGAAGAAUACGAUUUAUAUAAAAAAAAAUGUCGAACAUUGUGACAACUUCUCGUGACCGGUGGGAUAUUCGUGCCUCAGAUAUCGCCAGAAGGACCCACAAUCCCAUUAGAUCCAUCGUCGAGAACAUCGUGGUCGAGCCGAAUCCUAAUAAGGAGCUCAUAGCACUAUCCAUCGGUGAUCCCACGAUAUUCGGCAACUUGAAACCCGCCAAGGAGAUUAUUGAAGCUGUGCAAGAGAGUGUUGCGUCACAGGCUUAUAAUGGAUAUGCACCCAGCACAGGGUAUAUGGAGGCACGGGAGGCAGUUGCGACAUAUAGUUCGAAUGAAUUCAUCAAUGUGGAUCCUCAGGACGUCAUAUUAUGUAGCGGAUGUUCCUGCGCCUUGGAUUUAUGCAUCACGGUUCUGGCGCGAGAGGGUCAGAACAUCCUGAUACCUAGACCGGGUUUUUCAAUAUACCGAACAUUGGCCGAGGGUUUGGGUGUAUCAGUGAGAUCCUACAACCUACUGCCGGAGCUCGCCUGGGAAAUUGAUCUUGAUGACAUGGCAUCGCAAAUUGAUGAAAAAACUGCUGCUAUUGUUAUAAAUAAUCCAUCGAAUCCUUGUGGCUCGGUUUUCAGUCGCAAUCAUUUGCUUGACAUACUCCAGGUCGCAGCUAGGUUUCAUGUUCCCAUCAUUGCUGAUGAAAUUUAUGAACACAUGGUAUUUCCAGGGAGAACUUACUACUCGUUAGCGUCACUAUCGAAUGAAGUUCCCAUUCUCUCCUGCAGUGGUUUAACAAAGAGGUUUCUCGUACCGGGGUGGAGAAUGGGCUGGAUAAUAAUUCAUGAUCGACAGAAUAUUCUCGAUAAAGAGAUUCGCCAGGGUCUUCAGCGUCUCAGUCAACGAAUCAUCGGAAGCAACACAAUUGUUCAAGGGGCAUUACCAAAAAUCCUUCAGAACACCCCUCAGAGAUUCUACGAUGAUACCAUCACCAUUUUGCAAAAUCAUUCGAAACUAAUAUACGAUCUGAUAGAAAAGGUCCCAGGACUCAAACCAAUUAUGCCCGAUGGCGCGAUGUACAUGAUGAGUGCUUCGAUUAUCCGUCCUACAUGAGACUUGUGAUAACAGUCCCUAUUGACAUGUUGGAAGAGGCCGGAAGUAGAAUCUACGAGUUUUGCUUGCGGCAUCACGCAAAGAAUACAGAGAAGCUGAUGAAGCACAGCAUAUCAGACCUAUUAAAAUGACCUAAAGGGAUAAAAAUUCGGUAUUGUCUGUGAACUCGUCACAAAUUUAGCCAUACCAUACGAAUAAGUAUAAAUAUCCGUUACUUCACCUGUCGUUCAUGUGCAAACUUCGCUAGUGUGCAAACCCAUGGAAGAACAGUGAAUGAGUGUGCGAAAAUCCAGAAGAUUUGUGCUGAAAAAAAAAAUGGAGAAACAAAACUGCAGAGUCCCUUAUUGAUGGUGAAUACCGAUGUCUCCAUACGUGAUGGAAACCGUGAAAUAGUAGAGAAUAAUAUUCGAACGUGUGCGUGACUUGUGCGUGAAUGGUGUGAACGAAGCAUUGUGUUAGCUGUCCACGGGAAUACGUGGCUUUACAAUCAUUCCUCUAUUUUUUAUUUUACCUCCUCAGUUUUUUAAUAAAGAAACAAUCGGAAACAGGAA